UUAAAAUAUAGUGUUAUAAAAAUGAAAAGUUACUCCACUACUUUGAAUUAAGUUAUCUCGGAGAAUAAUACCACGUCUUGUUCCUAACUUGCAAUUGUAAAGAAUUGUUCUUUUCUUCUAUUCUGAAAACUUUUAGCUUAGUUCUUUCCUUCUAUUCUUAAAAUUUGAUUACUUUGAUCUUGUUUGAGAUCAUGGCUGGAGUUCUUGUUGGUGGAGCUUUUCUGUCUGGCUUCAUUAAUGUUGUCCUGGACAGGCUCAUUUCUGCUGAUGCUGUCAACUUGGUUGUGGGUAAGAAGCUUAGCUCUGACUUGGUUGAGAGGCUGAGGAAUGCUCUGACAGAUGCUGGAGCUCUCGUUGAUGAUGCAGAGCUCAAGCAACUGGAUAACCAUGAUGUGAAGGAUUGGCUCAACUCUCUCCGAGAUGCUCUUUACACUGCUGAUGACUUGCUGGACCGCAUCUGCACCAAAGCUGCAACUCAAAAGGUCACUCUCUUGGGUAGAAUCUUCAAUUCUGAAGAUAGGCAGAUGGUGAAUGAGAUAGAAAGGGUGGUUAGAAGGAUAGAAGAUCUUGAGAAACGCAAAGGAAAGCUUGGGCUUGAAAAGAUUUCCACUGCUAGCUUCUCCUGGAAAACCCCAUCCACUUCUCUUGUAAAAGGGAAUGUGUAUGGCAGGGAGGAUGACCAGAAGGCCUUAAUCAAGAUGCUGAAUGACAACAAUGAGCAUCACCUGUCUGUGAUCUCUAUUGUUGGCAUGGGUGGUGUUGGUAAAACUACUUUGGCUCAAUGGAUGUAUAAUAAUGCAGAGUUGAUGGUGGGAUUUGAUCGGAAAGCAUGGGUUUGCGUUUCGGAAAACUUCAAUAUUGUUGAGACUACAAAGAAUAUUGUAAAAGAGAUCUCUACAAAUACUCAGGAUCUUGACAGCCUCAAUUCAAUUCAAGAUGCUCUGAAGAAAGAAUUGUCUGAAAAGAAGUUCUUUGUUGUUUUGGAUGAUGUUUGGAGUAAUGAUCAUCUUCAAUGGAAGGAUUUCCUCGCCCCUUUUCAAUAUGGGGUUAAGGGAAGUACUAUUCUUCUAACUACUCGCAAGGAAGAUGUUGGUUCAGUUGUCCAAACAAAUUACCACCCUCACUAUCUCAAUCCAUUAUCAGAAGACUAUUGCUGGUCGGUGUUUGCUGCCAAUGCUUCUUUUCCAGAAUCAAAUGGAAGCCCAACACUAGAAGGAAUAGGCAAAAGGAUUGCGAGGAAGUGUGACGGUUUGCCAUUAGCAGCGGAAACACUUGGUUGCUUGUGCAGAAGGCAUGAUGCUGAGGAAUGGGAAAAAAUCUUAAGGAGUGAUAUUUGGAGAUUUUCUACAAAUGAGAGUAAGAUUAUUCCAGCAUUGUUAAUUAGUUAUUUUCACCUUCCUGCACAUUUGAAACGUUGUUUUGUUUAUUGUGCACUGUAUCCGAAAGAUUAUCUUUUGGAUAAAGAUGAACUAAUUUUGCUAUGGAUGACCGAAGAUCUUUUAAGGCUACCAAAUAGAGGAGAGAGUUUUGAAGAAGUUGGUUGCAAAUAUUUUGAAGAAUUAGCUUCCAGAUUGUUUUUUAAACCAAGUAAGUAUAAUUUUAAGAGAUUUGUGAUGCAUGAUCUCUUGCAUGACUUGGCAAUAUUCCUUGCUGGAGACUUCUAUUAUAGAAUACAAGAGCUUGGUGAACAAGAAAAGAAGAAGGUUCUCACUCGUCAUUUGUCACAUUUCCCACGUGGAAGCUUAGGUCCUCCAAUCACAAAAGUCUCUAACUCCAUUGCGAAAUUGGAAUCUUUCAGGACAUCGUUGUAUAUCGAUGAUUUGUUUAGCAUGGAAAGCGGAGAAUCAAAGUUUAAAUACUUGAGAGUUUUAUCCUUUGUUAAACUUGAUGUAUUACCUGAUUCAAUAGGUGAAUUGAUUCAUCUACGCUAUUUGAAUCUCUCUUGGUGUAAGAUUAAUAGGUUGCCCGAAUCGUUGUGCAACUUGUAUAAUCUACAAACAUUAAUAUUGUAUGGAUGUACUAAGCUGACCAUGUUGCCCAGUGGCAUGCAUAAUCUUGUGAAUUUACGGCAUCUUGAUCUUAGGGCAACUUCUUUGGAAGAAAUGCCUAGAGGAAUAAGUGAAUUGAAACACAUGCCUAUUUUAGAUUACUUUGUGGUGGGCAAGCACAAAGACAAUGGAAUCCAGGAAUUAGGAGGGCUGUCAAAUCUUGAAGGUUCAUUUGAGAUUAGGAAGUUGGAGAAUAUUGUGGACGUGAAAGAAGCAGAGAAUGCAAGAAUGAUAAACAAGAAUCUCAUCAGCAAAUUAUACUUGCAGUGGUCUUCAGGUGGUGAUAUGGUUUCGAAUACACAAACUGAGAGAGAGAUCCUCCACAGCUUGGCACCGCACAAUGGCUUGAAAGAGUUGAGAAUAAGGGGAUACAGGGGUACAAGGUUUGCAGAUUGGUUAGGGCAUUCUUCCUACAGCAAGAUGACACAUGUAUCGUUGGUGUGUUGCAUGAACUGUUGCAUGCUGCCUUCACUUGGACAGCUACCAUCUCUUAAGUCCCUCUACAUUCAAGAUUUCAGUCAGCUCAGCAGCAUUGGAAUUGAGUUUUACAAGAAUGAAGACAAUCCUUCUUUGCAUAUUGCUCCUCCUUUUCCCUUGUUGGAGAGUCUGAAAUUUUAUAAUAUGGCAUGUUGGGAGGAGUGGCACUUACCUGACUCAAAAGCUUUUCCUCAGCUUAAGAGUCUUGAAAUGAGAGAUUGUCCAAUGUUAAAGGGAGAUAUGCUCAAUCAUGUAUUAAUGAGAAUUGUUUCUUCCUCAAUGGAUGUUUCAAAAGUUCGCAAACUGGAAAUACGACAAGAUGACAUAGGAGGGUUUCUAGAGAUGGUACUUUCUGGGGAUACUUUAUCAUUUAGCGGUUGUGAAUCUAUGGUGGAGUCUGCAAUUAAGGCAAUGAUGAGCAUCAACCAUCUAAGUUGCCUCCAAGAAAUUGAAAUCUCAGAGUGUUCAUCACUGAUCUCGUUGUCGUUGGAUGCCUUUCCGAAUCUCAAAGGUCUCGAGAUAAAAGGAUGUUCAAAUCUGGAAUCAGUUUCAAUGUCAGAGCCACCAUCUAAAUCUCUGCAAAAUCUGAGAAUCAUGAAAUGCAGAAAACUGGAAUUUCUUCAACAACAGCACAAGUAUGAUUUGGUAGGCCUAUAUAUAUUUGACAGCUGUGAUUCACUGACCUCGUUGUCGUUGGAUGCCUUUCCCAGUCUCAAAGUUCUCGAGAUAAAAGGAUGUUCAAAUCUGGAAUCAGUUUCAAUGUCAGAGCCACCAUCUAAAUCUCUGCAAAAUCUGAGAAUCAUAAAAUGCAGAAAACUGGAAUUUCUUCAACAACAGCAGAAGUAUGAUUUGGUAAGCCUGUAUAUUUUUGACAGCUGUGAUUCACUGACCUCGUUGUCGUUGGAUGCCUUUCCCAAUCUCAAGAAUCUCGAGAUAUUUUGGUGUAGGAAUCUGGAAUCAUUGUCAAUGUCAGAGGCACCACACGCUGCUCUUCAACGUCUCUCCAUUGCUUUCUGCAACAAAUUAGUGUCAUUAGCAGGAGAAGGACAGGCUGCACCCAACUUGACUCAUCUAAGCCUCAUAGAAUGCUCCAAGUUGGAGGCAUUACCACGUGACAUGAAUAGUCUAUUCCCAAGUUUACACUCUCUCCACAUAUAUUGCCCAAACAUUUGCAGGUUGGCAGAGGGUGAUUUGCCGCCUAACUUGAAAGUACUUGAAGUGGGAAUUUGCGAGGAACAAAUGAGGGAUCUAUCAUGGAUGGCCAACUUGCACGCCCUCACUCGUCUUAUUAUUAAUGGUUCUUGGUGUAAGAGCAUAAAGUCAUACCCAGAGGUGGGUUCGCUGCCUCACCUUCCCUCCCUUACCACUCUUGUGAUAUGGCGCUUCCAUAAUCUGGAGACAUUGGAGUGCAACAAGCUUCUCCGCCUCACCUCCCUUCGACAAUUGCACAUUUCAUACUGUUGGAAGCUGGAGAAUAUGGAAGGAGAAAAGCUGCCUCCCUCUCUCUUGCUACUUAAAGUUUAUCACUGUCAUUUGCUGGGAGAACACUGCAGGAACAAGCAUCAACAAAUUUGGCCUAAAAUUUCCCACAUCCCCACCAUUAAAGUCAAUGGAGAACAAAUGUUCUGAAUAGAGAUUUCUGAAGAGCAGAUAGAUUUUAACGAAGUAAAAGUACCCAAAUGGUGGAGAUUUCAUCUUAUACAAGGUUUUAGCUUCAGGUAAAAGUUCACAGAUGUUCGAGAUUUCAUUGCACAUGUAUAUCUAUAUAUAUAUAUAUGGAGAUGUAAAGUGGAUUAAUGUGUUGGGAAGCAGUAGUGUUUUCUGAUUUCAGCUUCCAUGUUAAUUGGUAUCCACACUAGUUUAAAUUAAUGACUGAUGUGUAUCAUAUGAUUCAUAUCCACACUACAUGUGGAGUUGAUUGGAUUAUUCAAUUCAAUGCUUUGCUUCAAAGAUGGGAACCAUAGCUGCUUGUUUGGUUAUCAAUAGCAGUCAUUUUUUAAACUAGAGUGAGACCUGCGCAAUGUGUGGAG